AUGGGUAAGAAGGGAGGAAAAGGCAAGAAGGGAAAGAAGAGCGGCUCUACCUCUGCCGCCGCGGCGACAAACAAGGCCGCCGAGCCUGUGGCUGCUGCCGUUCCCGACACCUCUGUUGAAGAGACGGCCACAAAGAGCGAGAGCGAAGUCGAGCAAACCCCCACUCCUACUCCUGCCACCGCUGUUCCGGAGACCACGACCGAGACCCCAGUCUCUGCCCCACCAAUUGUUGCCGCCGCAGCAGAGAACAAAGAAACUGUUCCCAUUCCCGCAGCGGAGGAUGCUCCGAUAGAGGAGGCCGUUGAUGCGGUACCGAAGUCCGAGACGAAGAAGGAUGAGGUGGAAGAGACCGUCGCGCCCGAAACCACGACCGAUCAGCCCAAGGUGACGAUCGAAGAACCCAAGGGGACAGCUGAGGAACCGAAGGCGAAGACCGAGGACGCGACUGCUCCGCUUACCACCCCCGAAGUCAUUGCCGCGACGACCACCCUCCCCGAGAGGCUCAAGCAAUCGGAGGGCCACGAGGAAACCCACGCCAAGCGACCCUAUGAAACUCCCAUAUUUACCGAAAACGAACAUAAGCCCGCGAAGAUUCCCAAGGUUGAAGAGGAAUCGAAGCCCGAACCCGCCUCAGUCGAGUCGCCCGUUGGAAAGGAGAAUGCUGUCGACACAAACGAGUUGCCAAAGGAAUCAGGCAAGGUGCCGCCUCAGAUGGUCCCUGGACUUGGGUCGCACCCGGCUGAUAAGCCACUACAGGACCUGGAAUCCCCCGGGCUUUCCGUCGUUAGCAGCAACGUUGUUGCCAACAAGGCGCCCACCCCUGCUGUUGAGACGCCGGAGAAGCCUCAAGCUGCGGAGGCCCCUGCUCCUGAAGUUCCCACUGCUGUGAAGGAGACUAUUCCUUCCAAUGCGAAGGCCCCGGAACCUACCAAGGUUGAAGAGCCCCCAGUUGAAGCGAAGCCCCUGGCUACCACUACACCCAGCGCUAUUGAUACCCCCGCGGAUACCGCCAAGGAGGAGGCAAAGACUCUGCCAAAGACCGAAGAGCCCGCAGUUACGCAGCCCACCGCUGCAGCUGCAGCUGCAGGUGCCGGCGCUGUUGGUUCUACUACGGACACCGCCCAGGAGGAAGCGAAGACCAUCCCUCAGACCGAAGAGCCUGCGGUCACCCAACCUACCGCUGCAGCUGCGGCUGCAGGUGCCAGUGCACCCGCCGUGGAGGCACCCGCAGCCGAAGAAAAGCCUGAGGAGACGCCGGCUCAGAAGGAGCCAUCUGUUGUGGACAAGGCCCCCGCUGAUGCAACAACUGGCCCUGCUGCCACCGUCGGCACUACUGCUAAGGAAGAAUCCAAGACAGUUCCUCCCACGCAGCAGGAGCCCGCAGUGUCCAAGCCCACAGCGGCGGCGGCCGCUGCUGCCACCGCAACCGCCACGCCUACUGUUGACAAGAAAGAAAAGACUGAGGAGCCCUCUAAGUCGAAGCUGGAGACACCCGAGGUGACCAAGCCCCCGGCUGCUGUCACGCCACCAGAGAAGGCUCAUGCGGCCCCCGUUGCCAGCGAAGCACCCGGUGCCACUUCCGCGCCUGCCGACAAACCGCAGACUCAGCCUGAGAAGCUUUCCGAGAGCGCAGCUGCGGCGCGUGCUGCGACCCAGAAAUCGCAACAGGCCAAGACUGCUGAGCCUCAAUCUGCUGACAAAUCGCCAUCUGAUGGCGCGGCCGCCGCCACGAAGCCAGAAGAGGGCAAGACAGCCACAGAACAGACCCCUGCAGCUCAACAAGAGACACCCAAGGGUGACAAGCGAAAGAGCAGUAUCUUUGGUUGGCUCAAGCGCAAGGUUAAGGGGAACUGA